GGCAGUGCGUGUCCUUUCCCUGUGCCGGCUGAGGCGUGAUGACACAAGGUGGGGGCUGUGUUUCAUGAGCAAGCUGGAAGAUACUUUGCGUUCGCCAGAGCAGUCGAGGACGGCUCCAAGAUCGGAUGAAGGCAACCGAUCAAAGACCACCCUGCAGGAUUCCUGACCAUUUCUGGCGAACGCCAUCUUGGCUGCAGCUGUUUUGGCCCAAGGCCCCGCUGCAGGCGCUCCGAGCCUGACCAGGCCCCCCCCCCGUCAGUUUGCCAGCCGGAAGGCGACGGUGGGCGAAAGGCGGGGUGAAGAAGGGUGCGCCUCUCCAGCGCCUCCCGAAGCCGGGCCGGCAGUCGUUUUCCCGAAGCCUCUCCGGCAGCUCAGGUCCGCCCGAGGUGUGAUCGAUGGCCGCCCGCCGCCCCGUGCUGCUCACCAUCUGCCUCGCCGCCGCCGCCGCGUGGCUGCUGAGCAGCGUGCUCGCGCCCGCGGCGCCGCAGGGCUUCGCUGCCCCCCAGCCAGCGCUGCGCGCCGGGCGCGGCGCCUCGGCGGGCGCGGCGGCCGACGGGGUGGCGCCGGCCGUGGUGCUGAGGGCGCUGCCCGAGCCGAAGCCCAACGAGGAGAUGCUCCCGGUCGACCUCAACCGCACGUCCCUCUACUGGGGCCUCUUUUUGUUCCUCUGCCAUCUGCAUCCUGUCCGUGCUGUUCUCCAGCUACCUGUUUAACUGAGCCCCGGGUGGGCUGUGGGCAGGCCGCCCAUUUUUCUUGACAGUUUUUAGGGAGCGCGCCGCGUGGGCGCGAGGCGUGGGACAGCAAACCGCAAGCCGCAGUUGCACACCACA